AUGGGUCACAGGCGUGCAGUGCAGGUGCCCCAGUUAGUUGCGCCACAGCUGGGGGCCUGGGCAGAAGCAGACAUGAGCCUCCAGACUUUGCUGUGUGUGACGGUGCUGCUCUGCAAACUUACAGGAUGUCUUUCAAUCGUGGGGGGCCGUGAUGCACAGAGGGGGGCGUGGCCAUGGAUGGUCUACCUGGAGAUGCAUUUCACAGAUAACAGUAGCAGGAAGUGUGGAGGAUCACUGAUCUCAGAUCAGUGGGUCUUGACUUCAUGUUCCUGCUUGAAGUGCAGGAGUAAGAAAGUGCACCUGGAGCGUUCGUUUGCUCAGGUCGGGGAGCUGAGUCUGAUGGAACCUUCUGGAAGGAAGGUGAAGCUGAAGCGGGUGGUGCUGCACCCAGACUACAGAGAUGACGGAUCGUACAACAACGACAUCGCCCUGGUGCAGCUGCAGGAGGCCGUGUCCUUCUCCGACACAGUGCAGCCUGUGCUACUACCCAGCCCCCGAGACCAAUUCAGCCCCCACACUGAGUGCUGGGUCACCGGAUGGGGUGAUGUAGCUAAGGACAGAGAGGUGGAGAGGAGGUUGGUGCAGAUUGGCAUUGCCAACUAUGAGGACGGCUGUGGUCGAAAGGGAUUCCCCGGAGCCUACACACACGUCUUCAACCACACACAGUUCAUCAGGGACACCAUUCCAAAGGCAGAAUGCAAAGAUCUGCCACCUUUUGAAGCAUGUUUUCUGUAA